GAGAGAGAGAGAGAGAGAGAGAGAGAGAGAGAGAGAGGUGACUGUAGAGUGAUGGGACCCGGCUGAGGGAACAGCAGCGAGUGAUCAGUCUCCGAGCUGCAGGUAGACAGAUGUGAAGGAUGACUUCUUGCUCAGAGAUCUGUGGGUCGGAGUAUGGUGAGCAAGCUCAAGCCAGCGGAAACUGCCAACAGUAUGGAGUCCGGUCUUACCUACACCAGUUUUACGAGGAGUGCACAGCUUCUAUCUGGGAACGUGAUGAAGAUUUUCAGAUUCAGAGAUCGCCUAGCAGGUGGAGCUCUUUACUCUGGAAGGUCUGUCUCGCGUUUGGAUCCCUGAUCUUGUUUGCGGGUCUUAUUGUUGUUUUGGUUGGAUAUGCCACUCCAACCAGGACUGAGGCAUUUGGCGAGGAUGAUCUCCUUUUUGUUGACAGCCACGCCGUCAGUUUUAACCAUGCUCUGGAUGUGUGUAAGCUGACUGGUGCUGUGUUGUUCUGUGUGGGAGGAACCUCCAUGGCUGUGGGUCUCCUGCUAUCUGCCUUUGCCAAAAGCUACUCCAAAGAAGAACUGUACCUGCAGCAGAAGUUUAAAGAGAGGUUGGCAGAUCUGCACGCAACAGUUGGUACCCCCAUCAUGAGACCACCGACCCCCGGAGAGGGAAGGGUGCCAGUCACGCUUUCCAAAGUCCAGAACAUACAGCCAAUGAAAACAAAGUCGGAGACUUGACAGAAGACCACAUGAAGGCAUAAAAUGAGGAAGUGUGUGUGACGACUGUGUGCAAAUCUUAAUUUGUGUGUGUGUGUGUGUGUGUGCGUGUGUGUGUGUGUGUGUGUGUGUGUGUGUGUGUGUGUGUGUGUGUGUCAGAGGAUGCAGCCUAGUCAUCCCAUCUAUUGAGUGUAGAAAUAUGAGUGCAUUUUCUCUUUUCAAAGGUCAGCUUACAUGACUGAUAGCAUUUGCUCUUCAUUUUUAUUUGCUUGACAUUAGAGCUUGGUUUAAGGUGUUGUAGGUGCAGAGUUUAAUUUAGCUGGGCAAAGUUUAAGCCUUUUGUUUGUUUGACAGCAGUUAUAUGAAAUUCACAGUGAUCUGACAAAGCACAGCUAGAUCUCGAGCCCUACCCAGAAAAUAAACCACAGAAACAAAUCGAUAGAACACAGCCACUGAACAACAACAACAUCAUUUCUUUCACCAAACAUGUUUCUGUCGAGAGGAUUCACAUUUUGUGAAAGAGAAUGGUGUUACUGCUGGAGGGUAUCGAGCAGCAGAUGUUGCGUUGUUCGAAGUAUUUGGUGAUCGGACCUCCAUUCCAAUGAUCAAACGAAGCCCUCAACAAAACAACCAUUAUCUGCUAGUGUCUAAAAGGACAUCAAAGGGAUCCUUUCUAAGUGCACAUGCUUUUUGUACACAUGCUGUAUAUGCAGCAUAACCUUAUUACACCCCUAAUAAGAGCUGUCAAUCACAAACACACAUUAUGAGGAUAUGUGCUUCAGCUGAAUACUUAUUUAAAGUUAUGUUUGUAUGCAAAUCAAGCCAAGUCUUAACAAAUACUUUGACAGAAGUUCACACAUCAGAGCAGACAAGAGAGCAACACAGAUUAGAACAGACCUCCAAGGCAGAUUUCAAGCUGCCUUUUUUUCUGUCUUAUUAGGCCUCUGACCUUGUCUCCUUCAGUGAAUCUUCAGACAGGAUCGAUAGGCGAGACAAGAAAGACUGAUGAAAGAUGAACCAGACUGAACAUGCGGAACAAUAUACCGUAGUCCAUCACAUAUUUCAGAUGUCUUCCAGAUAAACUAGGUUAAAACAAGGUAUACUGAAGUAUUUACCCUUCUCUAAAAAAAAGUAGAAGGCAGACCAAUUUUGAGUAUACUUAGUAUGAUCUUCAUUAAUGUUCUAAAAGUGUGCUAUUUCAAUACUAACAAUAUUCUUAACAUGCUAAUUUUAUAUAAUUAUUGUUGCGGAUGAUAAACUCAAACACAAUUGAGGGUAUUGACUGUACUAUAACAAUUUACAACAAUUUGUUAAAACUAAGUGUAUUACAGUCAUAUUUUAACAGGACUAACAAUUUAUUUCCACAGUUUGUUGCAUUAUAAAUAUAUGUAUUGCAUUGCAGGUGUUUUAAUAUAUACAUUUAAACAGUAUGAAACAUUUACAGCAUUAUAGAAAUGUUGUAUGAAGUAUAUAUUGAUCCAACUGCCGUUUGAUUAUAGUACAAUCAAGUACUUUCAAAUGUACUAUAGAAUAUCUUCCUAAAAGGUCAAAUUGGUAUACUAAACACAUUGUAAGUACAUCAAAAAUAGCACAUAAGUCUUGUGUAUAUGGAAGUAGUCUAAGUAUUCUUAAAUGAGGAGUACUAAAGUGAUCUUCUUUAAACUUGGUUAUGAAAAUAAGGCUUUCUUUAUACCUUCUAUCUUUGAUUUCUUUAUUUUCUAAACACUACAUUACCCAGGCUCCCCCUGAAUGUGUUUCCUUCCCUCACUGUGACAAACACAAGCAUGUAGACACAUGCCUAUCCAUCCAACUGUGCACAAACGUGCAGCGAGAGGUCAUUUUGGCAACAAAAAAAAGAAGACGCAGGUGCUCCGUGUUAAAAUGAAGACAAAGCAAGGGCGCACCAAGCGAGACAAACAACGUGACAGAUUAUGUAAGAUAACGGAGAGAGAGAGAGAGAACGCACGCAGCUCUCCAAUGAGAUCACAUCAGCUACUUUGUGUUUAACAGCGCUCUUUGUUUACAGCCUGUCUAGAUUCACAGAUGCUCUCCACACAAUAACUGCCUUCCUGCUCUCACACACAAAACUUGAAACUACAUCAUGAAGCAUGCUGAGCAGCAUCCAGUAUGUGUGUCUCAUAGUUGCAUAUUUAGUUGUAUAAUAUUUGAGAAACAGAAGUUAAAUUAAGAAGGUUUAACUAAGGUUUAGUUGUUUUGUUUUAUUCUAUAAAAACUCUGCUCUUAUGAACGAUGUGACUUUAACUAACAAGCACAAUAACCUGUUGAUGUUCAUUAUUUGCAGCUGAAACUUUGUGUAUUUUAAAUAUUAUUUGUUUUUAUAUAGUGACCAUGCCAUUUUAAAUUGUUCAAUUUGUGGUUGUUUCUUGUUAGUUGGUUUUGCAUUCAAUGCACACAGAUACAAGAUAUGCUAUCAAAAUGGAGCAUUUCUUUUUUACUGUUAGAUUAUGGUAGAAACAGUCCAAGUGCCAUCAAGCUACAUGCCUCAUACUGUGCUUCAAUGCUGCAGGGCUUUCUGAACUCUUCAGAAUUAUGCAGCAACAAUACAAGACAGAAAAGAAAAACAUUCUGUUUAAAAGAAUAUAUGUUUAUUCAUAGACAUACAUAAUAGAAGCUUUAGCAGCUAUUGCUCUGCUGGCUACCUAUGCUCAUGUAAAUUGACCUUUUAAUAUCCCACAAUCUUCUUUCCAUUAUUUGAUGUCAUUUUAACAUACUUUGGUCUCAGAAACAACACACGUGUAGAUAUAACUAUGAAAAAAUAUACUUAUAAUUAAAACGUGUUCAAGGGAUAUUACGCAACCACUGUUAAGCUGCAAACCUACAGUACAAGAAGAAAAAACAAUCUUUUAAAAACAAACGUUCAGUGUGAUCAGAGCGUUAAGUCAUCAAUACAUGUGCUGACUUGUAGUUCAAUGCUGUAAAUUGUGAGUUUAUUUUUUAUUCUCAUUUUGACCAAAGUUGAAUUCUGCAUUACAAUCUCAAAAUCUGCGAUGGAUAUUUUUCUGCUCUAUAUCUGAUUUCCCAGUUUUAGUGUCCCCUGAUGUACCGUGGAUUCUCCCAGUAAAUACUACAAUAAAAAAAGUAUACUGUACCUAUUGGAGGUUGGAUUGGAAAAGAACAAAUCUAUUAAGAUAUCAAUGUCUAUAUACAGUAUGUCUAUUUUUCAAAGAACACAAUAAAAUUGAAAUGUC